CCUGGUGGAAAUUCCCCUGCUCAGAAGUCUGCCUUUUAUCUGAUUUCCAGGAUCAUAUAGAGGCUGGGCUGUGGAUGAGGAGCAGCCCUGCACCGAGAGCAACAGACUCUCCACUGUCCCAGAGCCUCCUCAUCUACUCUGCAGAUUUGCCUGUACCCUGAAGGGUCCAUCGGUCAUGCCAGACACACCAGUAGAGGACUCCCUUUUCCAAAUCAUACACUGCUUUCAUCACUAUGCUGCCCGGGAAGGGGACAAGGAGACCUUGUCCCUGGAGGAGCUGAAAGCCCUGCUCUUGGAUAGUGUGCCUCGCUUCAUGGACACCCUGGGCCGCAGGCAGCCAUACUACAUCACAGAGCUCUUCCGGGCGGCUGACAAAAACAAGGACAACCAGAUCUGCUUCGAUGAGUUCCUGUACAUCUUGGGCAAGCUGGUGAAGGACUAUCACCUUCAGUUUCACCGGCAGUUGUGCACAUACUACUGCACCCAGCACAACCUCUACUAGAGGGGGACAGGCAGUCUCUCACCACCAGAACUUGUUCCUGGAGACAUGGCCUGACUAAGAACAGCUUACAGAACUUAGCGAUGUAUUUCUUCUUAGGUGUGCACACACGCAUACAAACAAGAUCACAAAUACUUCUGGGAAGUACUCAGGUCAUGGUUCUGGGUAUCCCUUAAUGUUCAGUAAAAGAAGUUUAGUCUGUAUUAUCAGGAUCAUCGUUUAGGGCAGGAGACAUAGCUCCUGCCUUCAGUGAUAUCUUGCUUGAUGGGGGAAUAUUAGUUCUGAAUCCAAGGUGCCCUUAUCUGAUGCAAGAGACCCAGCCUUGCUGACAGAAAUCUUAUCUGAGGUGUGAGACGGCCUGCUGUCUGGUCUCAGUCUGCAAGGAAAGGGUGCUUCUCGGAGUCAGGGCACCCUCUGAGAAGGAAGUAAGACCUCCCAAUGAUGUUACUGACUGAUCAUUCACUGCACAUGCGGGAUGGGGGAGGGGAGCCACAUGGACAAUAGUGCCUAGAAGGAGCGCUUUUGAGAGUCUGCACACACAGGAGAUUGGGAAGACAGGAGAUGCCCAGGAUCAGGAAGGGGAGGAGGAGGUGUUUCAAGAAGAUGUAAUAGCAGCAGAAACCCAGAUGGUAUGUCUGGAAAGGCAGGACAUUCUGGAAAUAAAUGUCCAAGGGGAA